UUGGAAAAGAAUGUUUUAUCUUGACGUUUCUGUUCCAUUUAAUGCUAAAAAUAUCAUAUGGUAUGAUCUAACAGAUAAUAAUACUCCAGCACAUCGUGCUGCUACAUCUGUCAGAGGUGGUCCAAAUUAUGAUACUUUGUUUUAUAUGGGGAAAUCAAGAAUGGAAUUGGUUUAUGCGUUUGAUACCAAGUGA